UCCCACAGACACGGAGCGACUCCCGCACCUGCGGCAGAGCUCACGUCUCUCGGCAUCCCGCAGAAAUGCAGAGCAGCGCGCGGCCGCGUGAGCAACACCCCCCUCCUGAAUUCACGCCCUGCUGCACGGCUGCUCCUUUAAUUGGCUUCACGCGUGUCAACGGUGACGAGUUCACCCGCUUUAAUUGAAGUAUCGCGACAAGUCGUCGAGGCGAUGUCGAGGCAACUCGUCGACAAGUUCUAACGGUCACCAAAAAAAAAAAAAAAAUAAAUAAAUAAAAAGGGACGCUCGUGAGGCAAGUUGAGGCACAGCAGGCGCUGUCAUGUCCGCGUGCGGACGUAUGGACUGAAGCGCUCCAGACCGAGCGGAUACAAACCCUGGUUUUUCAUUCCAUAAAGCCAGGGGUUCUGUUAGGAGCUAAGGAGGCGCUGGGAGCAAUACUUAACCAUUUUUUAACCGAUUAACAUCUGUUUGGGGGCGCGUGCGCUCCUCUGCCUAAAGAAUCAUGGGCUGCACGGUCAGCGCCGAGGAUAAAGCUGCCGCGGAGAGGUCAAAAAUGAUUGACAAAAACCUGCGGGAAGACGGCGAGAAGGCAGCCAGAGAGGUGAAACUGCUCUUGUUAGGUGCUGGGGAGUCUGGGAAAAGCACCAUUGUAAAGCAAAUGAAGAUUAUCCAUGAAGAUGGUUACUCAGAAGACGAGUGUAAACAGUAUCGAGCGGUUGUUUACAGCAACACCAUCCAGUCCAUCAUGGCCAUUGUUAAGGCCAUGGCCAGUCUCAAGAUAGACUACAGCGACCCUGCCAGAAUGGAUGAUGCCCAGCAGCUAUUUGCCCUGUCUGCAGCUGCUGAAGAGCAGGGUAUUCUCCCUGAUGACUUGGCCAACGUCAUGAGGAGAUUGUGGGCGGACAGUGGCAUACAGAGCUGCUUUACUCGGUCGCGAGAAUACCAGCUCAACGACUCGGCGGCCUAUUAUCUGAACGACCUGGAGAGGAUAGCUAAAGCAGAUUACAUCCCCACCCAGCAGGAUGUGCUACGAACACGAGUUAAGACCACAGGAAUCGUCGAGACUCAUUUCACCUUCAAGGAACUGCACUUUAAGAUGUUUGAUGUGGGAGGCCAGCGCUCGGAGAGGAAGAAAUGGAUUCACUGUUUUGAAGGAGUAACAGCCAUUAUCUUCUGCGUCGCUCUCAGUGCUUAUGAUCUGGUGCUGGCUGAGGACGAGGAGAUGAACCGAAUGCACGAGAGCAUGAAGCUUUUCGACUCCAUCUGCAACAACAAAUGGUUCACGGAAACCUCCAUCAUCCUCUUCCUCAACAAGAAAGACCUCUUUGAGGAGAAGAUUACCCACAGCCCUCUCUCAAUCUGCUUCCCUGAAUACUCAGGAGCCAACAAAUUUGAUGAGGCUGCCAGUUAUAUUCAAACCAAGUUUGAGGAUCUGAACAAGAAAAAGGACACCAAUGAGAUUUACACCCACUUCACCUGUGCCACUGACACCAAGAACGUGCAGUUUGUCUUUGAUGCUGUCACUGAUGUCAUUAUUAAGAACAACCUCAAGGACUGUGGUCUUUUCUGAAGGAUCAACCCCCCCCCCCCCCCC